CAUUUAAAGUAACAUAUUAUUGAUACUGACAUUUUGCUUUGAAAAGUCAUGCGCACAUGUAUUAUUUCGUUAACGUGGCUGUGAUCUAAGUAUUUUAAGUUAUUAGAAUAUCUGAACUAUGAUUAUGUUAACAAAUUUGUUGCAGUGGGUGGUAGCUGUAAGUAUGACUGUGCAAGUUUGUGCAAUUGAAAUAUGUGCCUCCCAGCGUUCAUGUUUGUCUUGUACAAGCAAGAACACAUUUAUACCAUUCCAAGACGUCGCGUGUCAAUGGUGUCCCCUGGAUCGAAAGUGUCACACGUUCGGCUACGAUGGAAACCCUUGCCUUGCUGACAUGGACAUCAAGGAAUCUUCUUUAUGCGAGAACAGCAGCAACAACAGUCCAGACUUCGAUGAAAGCAAGGCCCUGAUGUUUAUCAAACUGUCCGCUGUUGCAUACGCCGAACCAGAGUAUUUAAAAAAAUGUAUCAAACACAUUCUCCCAAACGGUGACUUCGAGAUAGUUGAAGCCAUUGGAAGGAAGUGCGAGAGAUGGUUUGACUAUAAGGAAUGCUUCGCAUAUACAGCAAUAUCGCAUGGGAAAAAAACUAUUCUCGUUGGCUAUCGAGGAACGGCAGAUUUCAUACAACUUGCAGAUGAAGGAUUGGUAGAGCAGAUUAUGUGUCAUCUAAGCACAGGAACAGCUUCGGCAUAUAGACAAUAUCGUGGGCAGGUCAACACAUAUUUCAGUUUUGCGUUUGAAAGACUCUAUGAUCCAUGUAUUCGAGAAAGCGUAAAGAAACUCGCCGACAAAUAUCAUGAUUAUGACGUAGUAAUUACAGGGCAUUCUUUAGGUGGCGCGCUGGCAUCUUUGACUGCUUACAAACUAGUGACAGAGGGCGUUGUUGCAAAGGAUCGAAUGCUAUUGUACACGUUUGGAAUGCCACGUGUUGGGGACAAAAGGUACGCGUUUGAUCAUGACAAAGCCGUUCCAAAUAGUUGGCGAAUCAUCCAUUGGCAUGACAUAGUUCCAAGUAUGCCACAAAAAAGCUGUGGUUAUUAUCAUCAUAAAACAGCCGUUUUAUACCCAGAGAACAUGACACCAGUCGGUUCUGGUUAUACCAUUUGCUCAGACAAUGAAGACUUGACAUGCAAUGAACUGAAAGGGUGGUCGAUUUCGCAACAUUUGUCAUAUUUUGGAAUAGAUGUUGGGGGUUACUGUCAAACUAAUUUAAAAUACAAACGGGAAACUAAUGAACCCAAAUUCCCCGAGGACUACUGUGAGGUCAUUUCACUGAAAGACGCUGGUAAUAUAGAAAUAAUAACAGUCGGAAGCUCUGUUUGCGACUUUGAGAGAAACUUCUGUGGCUGGACCCGUGCCAACGGCAGUACGCUUAACUUCAAACGGAUGAAAGGACCGGUCGAUAGAUCGGGGGUAAUAGGGCCAGCAUACGAUAGAAACAAAUCUGUAUUAGGUUAUUAUAUACUCGCGGAUGCCAGCUACAAUGAAGGACAAAUUACCAAACUUCGUUCCCCAAACUUUCUAUCGGGAAGUUAUUGUUUUGAGUUCUACUAUUACGUAGAUGAUGAUAGUGGGAUUUUUAAAUUGAAAAUGUAUACAACGGAAACCAAAAGCAAGACGAUUGUAAGCAAAUUUGUUUCCCGCGGAAGGGAUUGGAGGCAUUUCCAUGCCAAUGUCAGAGCAGACGCGUUGGAGAAGGGAGAAUUCUACUUCGAAUUUGAGGCACAGAUUGGUAGCAGCAACAUAGCACUUGACGACAUCAGCAUAAGAAAGGGACUUUGCCAAUCCUAGUGGAAAAUUAAACCGGAUGUAAUAGAGUUGAAAAGCAAUGUAUUGUGUAAAGGUCACUAUUAAAAUCUGCCUGAACAUUAUCAUGUGUAAUCAGCAAAUUUAGCUUACUAUAUAUCAUGUACCAGUUACUAAUAAAUGAACACACGUA